AUGAUGUUUGCCAUUCUUUGGGGUGUCUUGCUGGCGCCGAGUGCGUUUCCUCUCGUGCGGAGCUCUUGUCCAUCUCAGUGCAGCUGCUUUUAUCAUAAUCUGAGUGAUGGCUCUCGCGCGAGGAGCGUCAUUUGUAAUGACCCUGAAAUCUCUGUGGUACCUGCGAGCUUCCCUGUCGACACCUCCAAACUGAGAAUAGAGAAAACCGCGAUCAAAAGGAUCCCGAGCGAAGCUUUUAACUACCUCUCCAAUCUGGAAUUUCUGUGGAUGUCUUUUAAUGUUUUGUCCUCACUGAACGCCGACAGUUUCCGCGGCUUGUACAACUUGGAAGAGCUGCGACUGGAUGGCAAUGCACUUACUUCGUUUCCAUGGGAAUCGGUUGUGGACAUGCCUAGUCUGAGACUGCUAGACCUGCACAACAACCAGCUCUCCUCUAUCCCAUCUGAGGCUACACUGUACAUUAAAAACUUGACAUAUUUGGACCUAUCCAGCAACAACCUUCUAACGAUGCCGUCAGAGCUGCUUACUACAUGGUUAGCGGUUAAACCUGUCCAAGGCACAGAGGGUUCAAAAAUGAUCCUUGGUCUGCAUGACAACCCUUGGCUUUGUGACUGUCGGCUGUACGACCUGGUCCAGUUCCAGAAAGCUCCGUCUCUGUCGGUGGCCUUUAUCGACACCAGGUUGAGGUGUGCUGAACCCGAGAGUCUGUCAGGAGUCUUGUUUAGCGACGCAGAGGUUAGGCGAUGCCAGGGACCGAGAGUCCACACGGCCGUGGCCCGCGUCAGGAGCGCAGUGGGCAAUAACGUGCUCCUGCGCUGCGGCACCAUCGGGGUCCCUAUCCCUGAGCUGGCCUGGAGAAGGGCAGAUGGGAAACCGCUGAACGGGACAGUUCAGCAAGAGAAUUCCAAGGAGGGAAUCGUUUGGUCUAUUCUGAGUGUUCCGGCGGUCUCCUUCCGCGACUCUGGGAAGUACAUCUGUAAAGCCACAAAUUAUGCUGGAAGUGCAGAGGCGGUCAUUUCUUUGAUCAUUACUGACUCUCCAAAGGCAGAGAAUCAAUCUAGCAAUGUAAAGAAUGUUAAAGGGAAGAAGCCAAACCCCCUUGUUAAGGCAGCCUAUCAGGAAAAACUGGUUGCCAGAUAUGUCACCCCUGCAACAACCCCUGCCACACCCCCUCUUGCACCACUGGCAUACACUGGCCCCUACCCAGAUUCUGUGGGGUACGGCACUGCAGACAGCGGAACAAACGCGCAAACGACCGACGGUCUUCUGGACCUGGAGAAAACCAAUCUGAGCAACCUCGCGGCCAACACGUCCUCGCUGCAGCAAGACCCCGACAGGGUGGUUCGCUCGGUCAAAGUGAUAGGGGACACGGACUACACCGUCUGCCUGAACUGGAGAGCCCCUAAAGCCAAGAACACCACGGCGUUCAGCGUCCUCUAUGCCGUGUUUGGGGAGAGGGACAUGCGGAGGAUUAAUGUCAGUCCUGGCAACAACAGGAUCAUCAUUGAGGGCCUGGUUCCAAAAACCAAAUACAUUGCCUGUGUGUGCGUCAAGGGCCUGAUCCCCAAAAAGGAGCAGUGUGUAAUCUUCUCAACAGAUGCGGCAGCUAGCGCUAAUGGGACCCAAAAGCUCAUUAAUGUGGUUGUAAUCACGGUGGCCUGCGUGAUCGCCGUGCCCCUGACGGUGAUCGUCUGCUGCGGGGCGCUUAAAAGAAAAAUCCAGAAAUUUCUGGGCAAAAACUCGAAAAACAUUCAGGAUUCAUAUGUCACGUUUGAGACUCUCUCCCCUGGCACCAAAGCCAAAGGCUUAGAGGGGGAGUAUCUGACCAGACUGAACCCAGAGGAGUCCAACAGACUGCUUUCAGCCAGGUCCAGCUUGGACUCGGAGUCCACGGCUAAAAUUGAGGGACAACCGAACGAAUACUUCUGCUGA